AUGGAGAAGGAGGGCGGCAGUGGCCAGUUCAUAGGGAAGGACAUUGUACGGGGGACGGAGGUGCGGCCGGGCGUCUGGCGGUAUAGUAUCCGAGGGCACGUCUUUGAUGUACCCAAACGCUACACUCCUAUCAAGUGGCUCGGCCAGGGCUCCUACGGCAUCGUUUGUGCGGCGAAAGACAAUCAGGCGACGGACGAGGCAGACCAAACGGUGGCCAUCAAGAAGAUCAUCCUCAACAACGCCAAGACCGGGGACCUGCAAUGGAAGCGCACCCUGCGCGAGAUCCGGCUCAUGCGCCACUUCGACAACGAAAACCUUCUGGCCCUCAAGGACAUAUUCGAGCUUCCCGCCAAGGAAAACUUUGACGAAGUGUACGAGUUGAGCGACGAUCACAUCCAGCUCAUUCUCUUUCAAAUACUGCGCGGGCUCAAGUACAUCCACUCGGCGCACGUUCUUCACCGCGACCUGAAACCCAGUAACCUGUUCAUCAACAAGGACGUGCUGUUGAAGAUCGCCGACUUUGGUCUGGCGCGAGUUGCCCACCCGGAGGACAACUACGACGGGUUCACGCAGUAUGUCGCGACUCGCUGGUACCGCGCGCCCGAGGUCAUCCUGUCGUGGAAGCAGUACACCAACGCCAUUGACAUGUGGUCCAUUGGUUGCAUUUUUGCGGAGCUGCUCAUGCGGAGGCCCCUGUUUCAGGGCAAAGACCACAUCAAGCAGGUCGAGUGUAUAUGCGAGAUCAUGGGCACGCCGUCGGAAGAGGACAUCGCCGGCAUAUCGUCGUCCCACGCCAGGCAAUUUGUGCGCAACAUGGGCGCCAAGCCCAAGACGCCCCUCCAAAAACUGAUGCCCAGAGCGCCGCCACAGGCGCUGGAUCUGCUGGAGAAGAUGCUGGCCUUCAACCCGGCCAAGCGGAUCACCGUUGAGGACGCCCUGUGCCACCCCUACCUGGCCUACUUCCACGACCCCGAUGACGAGCCCGAGUGUCACAGCGCCUUCGAUUUCAGUUUCGAGAAGCUCAAUCUCUCGCUCGCCGACUUCAAGAUGCUGAUCUUUCAGGAGAUGCUGCAUUUCCAUCCCGAGGCCGAUCCCAACAACCAGCGGAGCAAAACCAGACAAUCUCAAUUGUCGACAAAGGGACAAGGCUCGCCCCAGCCGCAGUCGCCCCAGACCCAGCCACAAUCGCCCCAGCAGCAGCCGCAGCCCCAACAGGUCAAGCCCGCGCCUCAGCCCACCGCGUACCGGCCCAUCGCGCCUCGCCCCAUGAACCCGCAGCCGUCGCCACUCCAGUCCGCCGCCGUGGCCUUCUCGCAGCAGUCGCAACAGCUCAUCCUCCAGCAGCAGAUGAAACUCCACCAGAUGGGAGCAGGCGGACAGCAGCCGAUCAAAAUUUUGCCGCUGCCGAGCGGGCAGUCCGGCGCAGCCCCCGUCGGUUACCUCCCGGUCCAGCCGGCCAUGCCCCUCCAGGCGCCCAUCGCCAUCCUGCCACAGGGUGCCCACGGCUACGUCGGCAUGCCGCCCAUACUGCCCGCAGCUGCGUCCGGCUAUUCCCUGGCCGCAGCCGCGGCCCCUCCGGCCUUGGCGUCCGCCGCGCGGGCGGCCCCGGCCCCGAGUCAGGUUCUGCCGUCGACGGCGCACGCGACGCAGCCCUACUCGCACGCCGCGGCAGAGGGGCUGAUCUCGUUCGAUUCGCCGACGUCGCUGAUGCUCGACAAUCUGCUGAGCUCGGAGACUGUGGACGACUCCGCGUGCUGGGCAGACUUUGACGAUGACGGAAUGGACGUCGUGGGAGAGGGCCAGCUCGACCCCGACGACGUGUUCCGCUCCUACCUGGGCCAAUAG